CCCACCCCUUCACUGAGCAGUCGCAAAGCGGAAGAAGGAAGCCAUUUUGAUUCAAGGUUUACAAGUCAAACCUGUUACCGUGUGUUAAAUAACUUUAUUAUCAUUUAUUGACUGAAAAGAAAAUAUCUAAAUCCAUUUAUCGUACCAUAUUAUGAGCACAAUGAACCCCGAAUAUGACUACCUGUUUAAACUGUUACUGAUUGGUGACUCUGGUGUAGGAAAGUCUUGUUUAUUACUCAGAUUUGCAGAUGACACAUACACAGAAAGUUAUAUAAGUACUAUAGGAGUAGAUUUUAAAAUUCGAACUAUAGAAUUAGAUGGGAAAACUAUAAAAUUACAAAUAUGGGACACAGCUGGUCAAGAAAGAUUUAGAACAAUAACAUCAAGUUAUUACAGAGGAGCACAUGGUAUUAUUGUAGUGUAUGAUGUGACAGAUCAAGAAUCUUUUAACAAUGUAAAACAGUGGUUACAAGAAAUCGACAGAUAUGCUAGUGAAAAUGUAAAUAAAUUACUAGUAGGAAAUAAAUCUGAUUUGGAAACCAAGAAAGUAGUAGAUUAUACAACAGCUAAAGAAUAUGCAGAUUCUUUAGGAGUACCUUUCCUAGAAACAAGUGCAAAAAAUGCUACGAACGUUGAACAAGCAUUUAUGACGAUGGCGGCAGAAAUUAAAAAUAGAAUGGGUCCAGUUACAGCUGCAGCUGACAACAAAUCUAAUGUAAAAAUAAAUCCAAGUACUCCUGUAAAACAAGGAGGUGGAGGAUGCUGUUAAUAGACUAAAUGUACCUGACUUUUGAUUUGAGACCAAUUGGGAUAACAGAGUUAAGCCCUUGCUUUACUCAUAGUCAAAAUUUGACAAAAGACUGGUAUAUAUGUGAUUAAUGUGGUUCAAAUUUUGACUUGAGAAUUAAUUUAUAAGUAGGGGUAAACAUACAGUUACCUUUUGAGGGAAUUUGUAUCAAGCAAGUGCUUUUACAAAGAAAACUAAAUGUAACAAGGUUUUAAGGUUCAAAAAGAAAUAACUCUGUAUUUCUUUUCAGUCUCGUAAUUUUGAAGAAAGCUUUAAGCAAUUAUUUUACAUAUAUUUAGAAAACAUCUCGCUAUAAAAUUGUCUUUAAACAACAAAAAUUUCUUAGAUUAUCAAUUUUCUUUGCCAAAAUGUGAAAUGUAAAAUUAGAUUAAUUAAUUCUGAUCAAUGAACCUUGAUAUUGGCCUAUUAAUGGCUGCUUGAGCUAAGGGGAGAUUGAUAUUUAAGUUAUUUAAUUCAACAUUGAUACUGGUUCCAUAUUUGUCAUGAAGACACAGAAAAAUAAUCUGUGUUGGACAUUUGUUUAUACACAUCAUGAUUUUAUUCACUUAUAAAUUAUAAAAUUGUUAAAUAUUUAUGUUUUUGCUUAUUAUUGUAUAAAUAUAUGUAAAUAAGUGAAUGAGAGAUUGGAUGUUUGUGUUAUUUGUUGCUUUUUACCUUUACUACAUCUUAUAGCAAUAUCCUAACGGAGAGUCAACUACUGAUGACUUAAUUUCAGUAAACCAUACAACAAUGGUUUAUUAUUACUUUGUUUUAAUUUCGAAGUUUUUCCUCUUGAUAACAUGAGCAACUUCAUUUAUUAAAACCGACAUGUUGUAAUUCACUUAUCACAGGUCAGCAUAUACACACUACUUGUUUAUGAAGAGGGGGAUAUGAUAAUUGAAUGAUAUGAAUUUAUUUUGGUAUGAUUGUAACAUUGUGAAACAUUAAGAAAUAGGGUCAAGUAGAAUGAAAAAUUCUUAUACAUAUAUUAUCACGCUGAUUUCAAAACCUAGAUAAUUUUAUUUGUUUAAAAUAAAUGCAACCCAGAAGAAAUAAUUCUUAUUUUAUUUGCAUAAUUUUUUGUGUGUUUACUGUUGUUUACUCUCAUAACUCCAUUAAAAUUAGAGAAACAUUAUAGAUUUGUCUAGUAAUAUAUAUUUAAACUGUCUUAAUCUUGGUAAGUGUUUCAUGAAUGGCCAUACAAUACAAUUUGAUAAUUUUUGUGAAAAGAAAGUAUGAACUAAGUCAGAUUCAUAUGGGGAUUGUCUGUUAAAUAAAAUAAAAAAAAUGUAUUUUAUAUUAUAUUGUAGCAGAUUAAAGGAGAUGUACCAUGCCUCAGCAGUAAAAUAAGAAAUUCUAUAGAACUUAUAAAUCUUUUCAUGAUGUCAGGUUGAUUGUAAAAUGCUAGAGAAUUAAAUUAAUAUUGUAAAUAUAUGUUUACCUAUUUAUCUAACAAUGCUUUUUUACAUACUCAUACAGUCCUUUAAUUUUUGACAAGUCAUUUAAUGUAAAACAAGGUUGUUAGAUAAUGGAUUUUUUUUCUGUCAAAGAAAGUACUGAUACAUGGAAGAUGAAAAUAUUAUAUGACCAUUCAACAUUUUAAGAGCCAAAAAUAUGUUUUAAGACUGUCAGCAUGCUAACUUACUGUGUUUCUUAUUCCAUGCUUUACAGAUUCAUUGCUUGUUAUGAAUUAAAAUUGUGAUUUACUUUCUAAGAUUAAGACAUUUAAUGUAUCAUGAUGUACAGCAUAUCAACAUAAUUGAAUUAAAGGACUACACAUUUGUUAAGGUUAAUUGAAAAAGGCUUGAAUUCACACACAUUUUGAUUCUUAAAAAAUUUAAAGCCUUAAUUAUUAUUUUCUUUAUGAUUAAUUUCCAACUAUUGAUCACUUUCAACUAGUAUUUUAGGUUAGGAAAUAAAUGUCAGCUUAUGUCUUUUUCAUUACACACAAUACUUGUUUCCAAAAGUAAAUAUUUUAGACUAACGUGUAACUUUAUAUUUUAUGUGAAGGUAGGUAAACUAGACAGUGAAACUUACAUUUAUGUAUGAUUGCACCAAUUUUCAUAUAGUCAGUUACUGUAUGUCAGACAAGCAGGCUUGUGUGUCAAUGAUAUGUAUAUAAGGACAUCUAUGGAAAUAUACUUUUCAGUCAGACGAUUAAAUCUCUCAAAUUCA